AUGGAGCCGCCUGAUAUUUAUACAAGAUUUCCCAAUGAUCCAUGCUUCUCUCAGUUACUUACCACUGCGAAGCAAAAGGGCUCCUCAAUCAUUGUCAACGAUCCUGGAUGUGGCGUGAAAGCAGAUUACAAUCGGCUUCUCCGCGAUGUCUCGACUGCCCGGCAAAGCCUCUGUGGAAGCCUGCCGUCACAAUGGAUUCGCAGCGGCAGGAUCUCCAGUGAAGAUCCCGUCUAUGUGUGCACACUCUUCCGGGCAAAUUACAAUUUCGUUGUUGCUCUUCUGGCAAUUUUGGCUACCGGUGGCGCGGCCGUACCUCUUUCCACUGAGCUCCUACUUGACGAAGCUUUGUCAUUGAUUCUCAGAUGCAGGGCUACACACCUGCUGGUCGAAUCGGAGAAUGCAGAAUUUGCCGAGAAGAUUCAAACCCAUCUCCAAGAACACAGCGGAUACUGCCUUAAUAUCGUCAGAAUCGAUCCGUCAAAAGACAUCAAGCCUGUCUCAGCGCACUCCUACACCAUCGAGGAUGAUGAAAGCUUCUCGCCAGAACGAGUCGCCUUGGUCAUUUUCUCCUCGGGGACCAGCGGACCACCAAAGGCGAUCGUCCAUAGCCGGCGCGUCUUUUAUCAUGCGCAAGUCUUACUGCCACCCCAAAAAGACGGUCACGAUAUUUUCCUCGUGUACCGCAACGUUGUCGGCGCAACUGGAGUUCUUCCAUUGGUCCGGUACAUUCUGACUGGCGUCCAGCUAGAGAUGUUGAAUCAGAAGUGGGAUCCUGCGAUGAUGUGGGAGCGGCUGCGUAAGGGUGAUCUGACGAUGUUUGUCGCUCCUCCGACUCUAUGGCUGAUGCUUAUGAGGCACUAUGAGACUUUCAUCAUGCAUCUACCAGAAAAGGAGCGCGCAGCUUACGUUCAAGGACUGAGUGCUCUGCGUGUCGCGGUGAACAUCGGAGCUUCCGCUAUGCCUGAAUUGAAGCGAUUCUGGUGGGAGCUGCGUGGUGGGCGAGCGCUACAAAAUUCAUACGGUAGCACUGAGCUAGGUUGCUCCGUGAUCAGAUCCUCGAUUGACGAGCCGCCGGAAAAUUUCGAUAGGCCAACCCUCGGGAAGGCAAAAAAAAUGUUUGAUGUGAAGCUCUCUAACGAGACUCAUGGAGAGAUCCUCGUUCGGUCUCGGUUUGUGUUUGCUGGCUACCUGGACGAUUCCAUGAACAUCACAACAUCCUCACUCCUGGAUGAAGAAGGAUAUUUCCACACCGGAGACCUUGCACACAUGGAAGGCGAUGACUUCAUUAUGGAUGGCCGUGUAGGGACCGACUUCAUAAGAACCAUUUUUGGAUCCCAAGUCCCCCGACUGUCGGUGGAAGCACAGCUAUCACAGCAUCCCCAAAUCAUCGAAGCUUUUAUCGUACCAGUGCCAGACCCUGCAUGCGUUAAUCGCGUCGGAGCUAUUGUUCACUCCAAGUCUGGCGCUCUCGAUCUUGAUGAGCUUCGCGAAGAACUCUCAGCUCAUCUUCCCUUGUACCAGCUACCUACAAUCCUCUACGUGGUGAGAAGUGGAGAAGAGAUCCCCCGAACGCACACACACAAACUUGACAUGAAAAAGGCAGUGGAAAAAUUCUUUCCCUCGGUAUCCCAUUGCUCGCUAGACUCAUGCUCGAGGAAUAUUCAAAUCUAUGAUAUGGCAAAGCUGGAAAUCAUGAAACCAGAGCGCCCAUGGGAUUGGGCUGGGAUGCAGAACGAGACCGAAAGAAGUGCAUGA